AUGGCCUCUGCACAGCCUUCGCGAUAUCUUUCUCAAAGAGAAAAGCAUCGUUCUGACGAAAUGCACAAUACCCACCAACCACCCACCUCUCCCGCCCAAGAUGCUAGCCAUGCCGUUGCUAGGAGCAAAUCGAGGUAUCGACGAAAGCCAGGAGCUGCUGAGAGGGCCUCCGACCAGAGUCAAGCUUCGAAGCAGCACCCACCCGAGCUCCCCUCACGAUAUCAUUCCAAGCGCCAGUCACCCAACCUUGCUGUCUACAAGGAGCAAAUAGUACAGUCUCCACCAAGAGCACAUCGAAGCACGAGCUCCAGCGGGAAUGACAAUGCACCACACAUUACGCCUCCAGUAGCACUUGGAGCCGUCAACGAGAGUCUUGCAGGAAAGGGACGAACUCGCCCAUCACCACCCACUUCACCACCCGAGCCUGCUCCCCUCGGAGAGCUCUUCCCACCUCCGAAGCCAGCAGAAGCGCCAGUGCGCGCUGAUGGGCCUCCACAAUCAGGUCAGAUUCGCGCGACCAAGAGCAUGACCGAGUUACCAGUCAUGGACCACGAGAGUGUGGGCUGUUUCGGUGCCAUUUUCAGGCGUAAGCAUGCUGCUCCUCCAGGCGCAGAGUCCACCAAUCUAGUGCAACGUCCGAAGACAGCCAAGCAUGCACAACAAACGAUAAGACCUGGUGGAGGUGGCAUAGUGCCACUGUACGAUGCUCCCGUCUCCGCCGUGAACUCUGGCAGUCGGCAGGUUAUGGUGGAAUGCGGAACUUCUAAUCGAUUAUUCGCCGUCGAACAUGAUACUACUUGCGCCGAAAUCCUGAAAAGCGCGGCAAUCGUCAUGUCAGAACGGAUCGACAUCAGAUCAGCACUUCUGCUGGAGCAUUAUACCACGGUCGGCAUACAACGACCGCUCCGCAGGUAUGAAAGAAUUCGCGAUGUAAUGAACACUUGGGACAGCGAUAGACAGCACAGCCUGAUUAUCAUCGAUCCUGGCACAGGAAGUGUCGAACAGGAAUUGACUCUUAUCGGCGUGCCCAGCAUGCCACCUGGCGAGACGUCUUGGUGGCUCUCACACUCCCAGAAGGUGGGCAAAUGGCAAAAGCGAUAUGUGACAAUGCUCGGUGACGGUCAGGUGAUCCAUAUGAAGUCUCCUGACAGGUAUAAGGAAGCUGAGAAGCUAUGCCACUUGAACGAUUUCGACAUCUACACACCAUUGAUGGAGAGGCAGAAGAAGAAGAUCAAGCCGCCGAAGAAGAUGUGCUAUGCGAUCAAAAGUCAGCGGAAGACCGCUAUGUUUGAGAACUCCAGCGACUUUGUCCACUUCUUCUCGACAGCCGACCGCGCGACCGGCGAACAUUUCCAUUCGACCAUUCGGGCCUGGCGCAGCUGGUAUCUGGUGAAUAUGUUAGGCCAGGGCAGGCCCAAGGAGGAGGAACAGCCUCAAUCGCCUGCUGAAAGAGAGUCCCGCCAUCGCUCGCCCAGUAUUGAUCGGCAUGCAAAUCCACGUCACCGCCCGCAGGAAUCGAUGGAUUCUCAUUAUCAGCUUGGUAGUUUCAAGCCUCUGAUCGAUAUGGACCAGUUCGACCGAAGGCCUCGUAGCUCCGGCUCGCAGCACGAUCCCGGCUUCAGAAGAUCAUCAAACCCAUUCGAUACCCAACUCUCGCCGCAAAGGCGUGUGUCGACGAGAAGACAGCAUCCUCCACCAGCACUGAACAACAAGGCGAUCCUUGCAGAUGACGAGCCGCUUGCGAAUCUCAAUCGUAGCACUUCGGUAAACAAGCGCACGCACUCUGCCGAUCAGACAGAGUUCAAGGAUACCGGUCUGCUCGGCCGCAAGUACUCUCAGCGUCGCCAGGAGAACGCCGAUAGGGAAGCUCGCGAGCAACGAGCAUUCACAUCAGGGCCGAAUCUUCUUCACGGAGGGCUGGCCGACGCUCGAGGCGAUGGUUUGCAGAGGCAAAGUAGCACUCGCAGACACGUAAGCAACAACGAGAUGAAGCGCUCCAGCUCUACAAGGAACACAAGCCAAGGCCGCCAUCGAUGCGAUUCCUCGGAGCUGACUAGGUCCCAUUCCCGCAGACAGCAGCCCAAGCCGUUGAUAGACUUGACGCCCGAGUACAAAGAACCCCCUCAGCAUUCUCAGAAGGGCCGCGCAUUUGUGCCCCAGCAUGUUGGAGCAGCAGGUCUCAUCAAGAGUGCGACCUCUCCCGAAGAUCCUUUGGGUAUACCUUCGUCCACGGUGUUUCGUAGGGACAGAGAGCCAGCCGCCCAGCCGCCACCUAGUCCUCAUAGCCCAGGGCUAGUAGACCUCACUCCCCAGCACAAGGAGCCAGUACAUCACGUCCGCAAGGGAAAGGGGGUGUCGCCUGAGAAUCAUGAUCCGAGAGGCCUGGUGAUGAAUGCAUCCUCACGCGAGGACCCACUUGGCAUUCGCCAAGAGACCGUGUUCAAGCCUGAAGGAAGACGACGCGAAGCAUCGGGGUCUGGCUCGGGCGAAUUCCAUCCUGUGCGACGACAGAAUUCGGUCAGGCAGAAGCCUGAAGGGUUUACUGGUGAAGGUCUCCUCGCAUCUGCCGCGAACCGUCAAGGCUGGGGCACUGAAACCAAAGGUCGUGGCGUGAUUGAUGGUAGCCGCGCUGGAGGCAAACCACUUGUCGACCUUGAAGCAGAUGGUACAUUCGUCGAGGGUAGUCUGCUCAACAAGCAGCAGAGGGCUGAAGGGAUCCCGAAGCCGAUCAUUGAUCGUGAGAAGCGGGAUGAUUAA